AUGGCUGAGAAGGUUACUGUGAUGGUGCUGAAGGUUGAUCUCCAAUGUGCUUCCUGCUACGAGAAAAUUAAAACAAUUGUUUGCAAAAUUCCUCAAAUUAGAGGGCAGAUAUAUGAUGUCAAGCAAAAUACAGUGACGAUCAAUGUAGUAUGCUGCAGCCCAAAAAAAAUUCGUGACGAAUUGUGCUGCAAAGGUGGAAAGGUUAUCAAGAAUAUUGAAAUACAAGAGCCCGAAAGCCCUAAAACGCCCGACAUGGAGCCCGGGAGGCCUAGAGUGUGUGUACGUCCACCACCGCCUCCACCACCGCCUCCACCAUCGUCUCCACCACCGCCUCCACCAUCGUCUCCACCACCGUCUCUACUACCGCCUCCAGCACCAGUGAAUGGGCCCGAAAUUCGAAUCACACUUGAUCAACCGGCACGGACUUGUUGUGAACCAUGUUCACAAGGUUAUGGUGGGGGUCCAUGCUACCAUGGGUACCCAGCUCCGCCGUUGUGUUCCAACAGUUAUUAUGGUUAUGGGUAUGGACGUGAGUGUAAAUGUGGAUGUGGUUGUGGUUGUGGUUGUGGAAGGGGUUGUCAUCUGAGAAAGUGUGUUUGUUAUAUUGAAGAAAAUCCCAGGACUGAAUGCAAGAUCAUGUAA